AUGACGUUCCAGUCAAGUGUGAUCAACUCACAGCCGCAGAUGUCAGGAACACAGUACAAUGUGUCCUCUGGAUCAUCAGACUGGAGUUCAAAUGUGUGCGAUUGCUGUGAAGACUGUGGCAUCUGUCUUUGCGCAACAUUUGUCCCAUGUAUCCUGGGCUGUAAGGUGGCUCAGGACAACGGGGACAGCUGCUGCCUGCCCUUCCUUCCUGGUGCCAUGAUUGCUCUAAGGACAAGUAUUCGCAGCAGAUACCACAUUGAAGGCUCAGUGUGUGAUGACUGGGUUGUCAUGGCCUGCCUGCCUCUGUGUGGACUGUGUCAGAUGGCACGGGAGCAGAAGAUGAGAGGAUAAAAAGAGGUCAAAUUGCAAGGAGAGCGCACAUGUGGAUAUUUACAUUUCUUGGUCUGGACACCAUUUCUGUAUUUGAAAUUGCAAUUUGAAUAUAUAUUGGUAUAACCAUAAUUAAGCGCUGUAUAGUCAAAACAUGUACAGUAGAACAAGGUUUACAAUGUAAGAAUAACAGCCAGAUAAUCAGACUGAACUGCCAUUUUGUUUCACUUUAUUAUUCUAUACCUAUAGAACAUUUUAUAUCAUAUCUAUAAUAUACAUAUUUAAAAAGUCAGAGAUGUGGGCAGGCAUUCAAAGAAUCACAGAGAUGGAAGAAAAGACAACAGAGAAAUAAUUCAGUAUUUUAACAGGCCUAAACUUUUACACUCAACUAUUGUCUUUCAUUAUAAGUUAAACAGCGACUCACUGUGUUGAAAUUGUCCUUAUGCAACCAACUUUGUAACACACGAAGAAGGAAAUGCUGAGAUUUACAGCAACAAUGACUUUCUAUAAAACAAAUGUAUAAAACAAAUAUUUUAUGUAUGUUUAAUUAUAGAGUAUAUUCAAG